GGAACCCACAUAAUUAGUGGAAGUGAGUUAAGACAUAAAAAUGUGAGAACGGCGGGGCCCAGCUUUCCUAAUCCAAAAUAACAAACGGAGCAGAUAUACAGCUCCAGAGGCUAUAUUCAUGUUAAUGUUACCCCAAAUUAGUGGAAGUGAGCAGAUAUAUUCAUGUUACCCCAAAUAACGCUGCCUUGAAUCUUCUUCCUAAAGUUAGAACAAUAAAGAUGUGUUCCGAUACUUGUGGGAAAUCAGAUACCCUCCUCAAAAUCGCCGACAGACUCCGCCUUUACCAACCCGAUCACGCCUUCGACAACACAAUCGACACCAAAUAUUCACGAAUUCCCCCGUCUGCCGGCGAAUUGGACGCUCACGGAGGAGUCCGUCGCAGUCGAGCUGCGGUUUUGAUCUGCUUGUUCCAAGGAAAAGAUGGCGAUCUCCGCGUCAUACUCACCAAAAGAUCUUCAGCUAUGUCUUCUCAUUCUGGUGAAGUCGCGUUGCCGGGAGGCAAGUGGGAAGAAGGCGAUGAGAGUGACGCCGCCACCGCGUUGAGGGAGGCCAAGGAAGAAAUCGGAUUGGACCCUUCAAUUGUGGAGGUUGUCGCCAUUCUCGAUCCCAUCUUCACUAAGCGUGAAAUGGAUGUAUUUCCAGUGAUUGGAAUAGUUUGGGACAUGAGUGGCUUCAAGCCUAUCCUUAAUCCCUCGGAGGUGGAAUCAGUAUUUGAUGCUCCCUUAGAAAUGUUUCUAAAGAAUGAAAAACGAAGAGAAGAGAUGGUAGAGUGGAUGGGACAUAGAUAUUUGCUCCACUUCUUUGAUUACGAAACUGAAAACAGAUGUUACACAAUAUGGGCUUUCACCGCUUCAAUCUUAAUAAAAGUUGCAUCAAUUGUAUAUGAACGAGCCCCUGCCUUUGAAGAGCUUGCCCCUCGCUUCUGGAGUAGAAGUCGACAUUGAAAUAUCACUCGUAAGUUGCCAUUACUACUCUGCUACUUUCCGACUCUUUGCUCUAUAACAUGAAACAGAUGGGGAAUGAAAUUGCAAAUGUUGAAAUCGGCGGAUUCCUCAAUAUUGUUGUCAUUAAUUGUUGAUUGUCACAGCUUGUUUGUAAUUAUAAACUAUGAAAAGAUUUAUUUGUAAUUAUUCAACUCGUUGCUGAGA